UCUGGAUGUUUGUUGAUCAAAGUUUCAAAGUUCAUAUCGUCACCCUAAAAAAGUUUGGUAAAUGUUUUCUCUGUAUUCACUUUUGGCAGUGGAAGUGGAACAACAGGCAGCUGUCCCUUAUAGAAGAGACCAACACGGAGUGUGCUGUGGACUUUGAGCAUUCAAAGCACUGUCUGUGCUUCUCGGUCCUUUUGACAGAGUUCAGCUGACUGGAUAAAACUACCACACUCUGACAGAGACUUCAGUCUCGACUGAGUACUCGCCAACCCAGAAGGAGGGAGCUCCAACGAGCCCGCCAUGGGGGACUCUAAGCUCUGCCUUUUGCUGAUCCUCAUCAUAUCAGCCUUGGCUUUUGCCCAAGAUGAAGAUCACCCAACCUGCCUGCUGGCCAAUAGGUACAAGCCCCUGCAUAAAUAUGAAUACCAAUAUGAAGCUGAAUCUUUGAAUGCCAUCAACGGGGCUUCAGAACUAAAGAAUGGACCCAGGACCUCCUGCAAGGUUAUAAUUGAAGUACCACAAGUGUGCAGUUUCAUCAUGCACACCACAGACUGCAGUCUGAGUGAGGUGGUAGAUGCAGACGCAGAGGGAAACCCUGUGUUCCUUCCAGCUGCCAGCUCCAACGCCUUUGCUGCUGAAAUGAAAAAACAUCCUCUUAAGUUUGUGAUUGAAGGGGAAUAUGACGUGAAGCUCUACCCUGAGGUUGAAGAGACAACAGCUAUUCUUAACUUCAAGAGGGGGAUUGUCUCUGCCCUGGCUGUGCCUUUGCUGGAGGACGAUGAGAGCAGGAACAUGCCCACAAUUCAUGGAAAGUGCAUGACAUCCUACAAAAACGAUGGCAGAGAGGACAGUGUCACUGACAUCAGCCUGUACAGGGAUCUGUCCAACUGUGACAAGUUUUCACCAAUAAGAGAUUAUAACAGCCCUCUGGCUCUCAUCACUGGCAUGCACUAUCCUUUGGCUCAGCUGGUCAGAAGCUCUCAAACAUGUAAAUACCAGUUUGAUAAUGAGAAAAAACACAUGACUUCAGGUUCCUGCACCGAAGAACACCUUCUCAUUCCCUUCUCUCACAAGGGAAAAUAUGGAUUUAACAAUGUUGGAAAGCAGGGACUGACUCUGGUUCAGGUUUCUUCUCACAAUGACAGAGUAUUUGAACAUGAUAACAUUCCCAAGGACCUCAACAUUGAGGUUGUUGAAGACAAGAGCCCCAUUCAGGAUAAGAAUGAAGCUGUGGAUCUCAUGAGGGAACUGGUCAAUUUGCCAGACACAGAUGAAGAGAGGCGAGCACAGCUUUUCUACAAACUCAUCACAACAGUCCGUGGAAUGAAGACUGAAACCCUGAGAGCUGCUCUUCCAGAGAUUGUCACAUUGUCACGCUUCCUCACCUACCAGGUUCUGGCACAGUGUGGAACCCCUGAGUGCAGCAGUACAAUUAUGCAAAUUCUCAGGACCUUUGACCUCUCCGACUUUGAGGUUGAUGCUGCUGUUUUUGCUUUGGGACUCAUGUCUAACCCCUCUGAGCUCCUGAUAACUGACAUGCUUGCAAUGGCCAAGCACAAACCUAGUAGGACCAUCAUGUAUGCUCUGAGCAAUGUUGUGAAGAGAUUUUACAAAGUGGAAAAAAGAAUAACUCCUGAGAUUCACUCUGUUGCUGAGUUCAUGGCUUCUCAAUUGGGCGACUGUACAGAAGAAAUGGAAAAUACUUUCAUGACACUGCGAGUUAUUGGAAAUAUGGCCACAGUUGUGAUCCCAGUUAGUCCUGCACUACGUAGUGCUGUGAUCCAAUGUGUGAAGCAGCCAGCAGCUUCUCCAGAAGUGCAGCAGACUGCUAUUCAAGUGUUCAGGAAGAUUCCAGUCCAGGAUGAGAUAAGAAGCGUGUUUAUGCAAGUACUUUUGGACAACAGCAACCCUGUGCAGGAGCGCAUUGCUGCAUAUCUGAUCAUCAUGAAGGACCCACAGCUGAGUGAGCUCACAGAGAUGACCGGUGCUUUGUCCAGUGAGGUGAACCAGCAAUUCAAGAGCUUUGUAAUCUCACACAUCACCAACAUUCUGUCCUCGACUGAGCCAGAAACUGAAGCAUUGAGACAGAAAAUUCAGGAUGCCCAGCAAGGUAAUGAAAUCGGACCCACAUGGGACCCGUUAAAGUUUUCUCAGAACUAUAAGAUUGGAUCUGUGCAGAGCAACGUCAUUUUUGAGGGUGUCAGCUACUUGCCCAAAGAGGUUAUGCUUGAAAUGACACUAAAAGCAAUUGGCUUCGAGAUUGACAUGAUUGAGAUUGGUAUAAUGGGUGAAGAUUUUGAACCAACAGUUGAGGCCCUGUUUGGAGACAGUGGCUUUUUUCCUGACACUGCGCUGAAGACAAUCUACUUUGUCUCCGAAAUCAUGCCAGAAAGAAUCAAUGAGAUUGUAGGGAAAAUCAUACCUGGAAUGAAGAGGAACAGGAUGAAGAGGGAGUCUUUUAGACAAUUUGACGUUCUGAUGAAGGAAAUCUUGCGAAACACUGAGAAGCUGGUGGAAAAACUCGAUAAUGCAAAGUCUCCAGAAGCGACUGUUUAUCUGAAACUCUUGGGAAAUGAACUAGGAUACCUAAAGAUUAAUGACUUUUAUGCAGUUAAGUAUUCUGCAGACAAGAUGGUGGACAAGAUGCUUAAGAUGUUUCCACAUGAGAUACCGCAGAUACUGAGGUCUCUAAUGACUAACACUGACACCAAAAUCUCUGGUCACUAUAUCUUCAUGGACAAUGAAUUCUUCCUUCCAACUGCCACUGGAGUUCCUCUAAGGAUUGCUCUUUCUGGUACUUUUACUCCCGGUUUUAAAGGUGGACUUCAGAUUGCCCGCGACAUGAGCACAGCUAAUUUUAUGCCAGUUGGUGGCAUUGAGUUCGUCACCCAGUUUGGAUCACACAUCCCUGAAUAUCUCAGUUCUGGUCUAGAGAUGCAUACUAACAUUUUCCAUGAGAGUGGGAUCAGAGCCAGGUUGACAAUGGGAAAGGCUCGUGUAAAGCUCACUAUUCCAGCUCCAACGAAACCCACCAAGCUAAUAAGAAUAACAAACUCCCUUGUGGCUGUAACUGGAUCAGUCGUACGGAUGAUUCCUCCUGUGGUGAAAGACAAAGUUGAUGUAAUGAAGUGCACACCUGCUUUUGCUGGAUUGAAAUACUGCUCUGCUCUUCAGUACAUCGAUGCAUUCUCUCAUGAGACUGCCCCUUAUUUCCCUUUGAAUGGUGACAGCAGAUUUGCUUUUGAGCUCCAUCCCACUGGAGAAGUUACAGAGUACACUGCCACUGUUGCAUAUGAGGACCUCAUGGAAGGAGACGAGCCCAGAAAUAAGGUUGAUGUCCUAAGGUUCAUCUUCAAAGUUGAAGGGGCAGACCCAACCGAAGCCCAACUGGUGACAAAAUAUAACAGGGGAAUGAAUGUCAUCACGGCUGAUGUUCAGAUCCCCGACUUUGAUGUGGAGGCAGGACUUAGGUUUGGUGUUGGUGAUGGCAAAACCAAAGGCAAAGGAAUGCAUACCUUCUCUAUUGACUUUAUCAACAAGAACAUCCCCCAGCUGUCACUGGUUGUACGUGCCAAUCUGAAGGACAUGAAAUCAGGCAUGCUGCAAGUCCAGCUUAUGGUGCCCUCAAUCAGAGCUGAAUCCACUGUCACCGCUAGCCUGAAACGUGAUGAGGAACUGGAAGUGGAGGUUGAGAGUGAGAUUAAGAUCAUGGAUGCCAAAUCAAAGCAGAAAAUUGAAAUGACAUAUGAUGGCAGUAAGAUUGAGCUUGAGUUCAAAUCUGAUGUGAACACAAAAACCAACUCCCUGCCUAAUGGUGACGUUAUUCAGAAGUAUGGCAAUGAGAUCCUUGACAUGCGAGUAGCGCAGACUGACAUGAAAGUUCGACAUAUCUUCAGGAAAUUUGUGGAGGCAGCAAACAACUACAUGGAAAAGUACGGUGCUGAAAUCCUCCCUUACAUGCAAAACUUUAGGCUGCCUGAUAUACCUGAUAUCGCCCUGCCGGAGAAACUCUUCCUGAAUAUGGAUGCAAAAGCUGUCUACCACUUUAAUAAGGAUCGCUGCAUAAUUGUUUUCCCACUGCCCUUUGGAGGAAAGAAAGCAUCAGCCUUCAACUUCCCACCAGUUCUGACCACUCCUAGCAUGUCGCUACCCCAAUUUGGAUUGGAAAUUGUCUCCAGAGAAAUACCCAUCCCAGAUUUUGUAAUACCAGAGAAUUUCACUGUGUCUGUUCCUCACUUUGGAAAAAUUGAACUUACAACUUUGAUGAACAGCAACCUUUAUGAUGUGGAGGCAACACUAGCGGCUGGAAAAGAUGUUGUUGAACCACCCAGCUAUUCUGCAAAAUUUGAUGCAAAAGGAACUUCCCCGAUUGACAUCCUGUCUGUGGCAGUUGAAGGUGUAGGGAUGGUGUCCAUCACUGAAUCAAUCAAGGCUCAUUUAAGAAGCUCUCUCACCCACAAAUUAUUUGAAGCCAGUUUCAGUACUGAAGACGAAGGCAUCAUCACAGAAAAAAUUUCUUUGACAUCAAGAAGAAAAAUAGAGGCAUCAAGUCAGUUUGGUUUUAAUGCAAAACUAGAGCACAACUGUACAACUGAACUUGUCACUCAAGAAAUAGUAAUCAAGAAUGACUUUGAGGGAUCCUUAAAGGCUGGUCCAAUCUAUGGAACAACCACUUCCAUCCAGAAAGUUUCUGUGAUCCCCUUCAGGCCAGCAGGGAAGAUUAAUUCUUUGAUUAUCUUUGACUCAACAAUUUUUGAUGCCCAGAACAAAAUUGAUGCAUCCCUUGGCAAUGGUGAAUUCUCAGUUAAUUUAAAUACCAAAGCCUUUAAAGACCUCUUUACACAUGUUGCAGAACUUUCUUUUAUAGAUAAUGAGGUGGUAGUUAAAUGCGAUGCAAGCGCUCAUGCUCUCGGCCUGGAGAUUCGACAUCAAACUGAAGCUUUUGCUGGAGCUGGCAAAGCUACCAUAAGAAUAGAGACAAAUGGAGACCACUCUGAUAAUCGUGUUUACUCCCUACUUACCUCCACCUUCGAUUCUAAUGGACUGGCAGUAAAAUCCAAUGCAAACAUCAAGCUUUUUGACAAUGAAGCUACACAUGAAGCUACAAUGAGAAUGGAUUCAGAUGGUUUAAGCACAAGUGGAAUAAAUACUCUCCACAGCCCACUGUCUUUAGAAAACCGAUUCAGUUUUGGAAUUGAUGCUAAAAGAGGAACUCUAUCCAUUAGCAACAAAGCAGCCAUUCAUGAUAUCAAAAUAGAUAAUGCUAACACUCUAACCAUCACUCUCUCCAGCCUGGACUUCAGCUCACAGGCUGAAGCUAGUGCAGCUGCCUACGCAUCUUACAAUCAUGAUAUCAACUUUGGCCUGAAGCAUCAAACUGCCUCUGCAAAAAUUAACAACCACCUUAAAAUUCUGGAAGCAACCUUUGAUAAUGAUGCACAGCUACAGGCAGAGCUUUACAAGAUUGACCUGACUGGAAGUCUGAAGGCCCAAUAUGGAGAAGAAGAAAUAAAGCACACGUAUCAGAUUAAUUAUGCAGAUCUAAGUGCGAAUGCAAAGUGCAACACCAUCGGAAAGCUCUUUGGCACUAAAACAAGCCACAAUACUGAGCUUGAAAUUGCUGGCUUUGCUGCAAUGUUUAGAAAUGAAGCCCACUUUAACUCCCAACUUAUUCGCUUUGAACAUACCAUGCGUUGCAAUGUUGUUCCAUUUGAUUUCAACCUUGAUUCAGUUUUUAGUGGCGAUGGAGACCUUACCAUCUAUGGAAAGCACAGCGCCCAGCUUUUUAGCAAGUUCCUUCUCAGAGCACAACCCCUGGCUUUGACCAGCAGCCAUCAAUGUAGAGCGUCAAUGACCCAGAAGCUAGAUAAUGGCCUUUCCUUUGAAACCUCUUAUGAUAACAAUAUAGACGCUGUUCUGUUACCCCAGGAGCAAAUAACGCGUUUUAGAACUAAAUCUAAAAUGAAUGAGCAUGAAUUCAAUCAAGGCAUAGAUAUUUACAAUACUCAAGAGAGGGUUGGAAUAGAGGUUUAUGGCAAUAUUUUUACAAACAUAAUUAAUGCGGCUUCUACAGAGAACCAAGAGUUUGCCAUCUCUGGCUUUCUCAAGUAUGACAAACACACACAAAGUCACAUUAUUUAUGUCCCUCUUAUUGAAAAUCUCCCUGUAUUCUUGGAGGCCAUCAAGGAAAUUGUUGUGGUUGUAGCAGAAUCUUUGCAAAAUUUCAUCAAUAACAAGGAGAUAAGGGCAAGAUUCGAGGCUCUUCCUCAGGAAAUAAGUGAAUUUAUAGCUCAGUUUAAAAUAGAACACAGGAUAAAUCAGGUGAAGGAAUUUUUCAGUGAUUUUAAACAAAAUGUUAUCAAUGCAGAGAAUGUUGAUGCAGUUUUAUUAACUCUAAAGGAUUCUAUUCAGAUAUUACUAAAAGAUCUCUCCUCUUAUAUCAAAAACUCCAUUGACUUCAUAGGUGCCAACCUCCAUGAAAGCUUUAAUCUGAAGAUAGAAGAUGUUCUGGAAGGUAUGAAGGAACUCAAAGUUACAGUUCUUCAUUUUAUUAAAACCAUAAGAGAAAUUAUCCAAGAGAUUGACCUAGAAAAAUUGAGGGGUAGCAGUAUUGAAUUCUUGUAUGAUGUUGAAGUCCACUAUGGCAUCAAAACUAAAGUACAGAACAUGAUGACUGCUGUUAAAGACUUGGUUGAUGAGCUUGACUUCUUAAAACUUGACUGGUUUAUCUUACCUGAAAGAGUUAAGGACUCUGUUGAUUUGUUUUUGAAUUUUAUUCCGGCAGAAAUAAUUGGAAAUAUCAUAGAUGAUAUUAAUGGUACGAUUAAUGACUUUAAGCUUAUUUCCAAAAUUAACAAAUUUUUUGCUAAGAUAAGGGAUUUGGUUGUAGAUCUUGAGGUUGACCAAAAGGCUAAGGCUCUAUUGGAAAAAGCAGCAGAAUUUAUAAAAAUGAUCAGAAUACAGGAAACGCUCCAGGUUGUGGUAGACAUUGUCAAGGAGUUUGAGGUUCCAAACAGAUUUAUGGCAAUCUUCCAAGGCACUAUUGACUAUUUAAAGACAACUGAGGUUAAAGAUAUCAUUGAACAUUUAAACAUGUAUAUUGAAACUAUGGUGCAAAAGCUAAAGUCCCUCAAUUACAAUGACCUUGUGGAAAAAAACAAUCAAAUUAUUGAAGAGUAUAGAACUCACACAAAUGAGAUACUAAGGACCCUCCAAGUUUCGGAGAAAAUUGAGGCAGCACUUGAAUUUGCCAAUGUAAUAAUUUCCUCUAUUCGAGACGAUUUGGAGCGUCUGAGAGAAAUAAAAGUUGCAAAAAUUGUUAAUUCUGCUACAGAUAUCUAUGAACAUUUAGUUUGUGAUUCCCUUAAGACAUUUACCGAAUACAUAAAAGUGAAAGUGAGAGAUCUGAACAUUGAAAGAAUACUUUCAGUUCCUUUGGACAUCAUGAGCAUUUUCUACAGUUACACUAUAAAUAUAAUUACAAACUCAAUACUUGAUUUUCUAGAAAAAAUAAAGGAGGGGACUCCUGAUGAAAAAUAUAUUAUCGAAGUAAUGCAGAUCAUUAAAAGUAUUAAAAAUCUACUUUUGAAAGCUGAAAUCAAUACACCUUCCUUUACAUUUCCUCUAACAGAUCUUGUUGUCCCUUCUACAAAACUGGAGCUUAAUAUAUUCAGACAGAAUCAAAUUCCAACAGAACUUGCCAUACCAGAGUUUACCAUCAUGGGUAUGUACACCGUGGAAGCUUUCAAUAUUUCCUUUGAUGACAUCAAGCAAAGGAUUAUUGAACUUAUAGAUUUCAUAGUGAACUCUAAAAUAAAAAUGCCUGAUCCAGAUGCUUUCUUCGGAGAACUAACUUUGAAUUACCUUCCAUCUCUUCCUGAAAUCACCUUUCCAGAAAUCCCUCCUUUUGAGGUUGCAUUCCCAAGUAUCCCGCAAAUAGAUACAGAAAAGUUUUUUAAAGCUCUAGAGAUUCCAGAAAUCAAGCUGCCAGAAAUUCCAAAAGAGAUCGUGCUUCCUUGCUUUGGUAAACUUUAUGGUGAGAUUAAAUUCCAAUCUCCAAUCUACACCAUCAAGACAUCUGUAGAGUUUGUGAACUCCACUGAAAACAAAAUGUCCCCUUUAUUUACUGGAUCAUUUAGUUCUCAGGCCACGUGUCCCAGUGUUGAAAUUCUUAAUUACAUGCUUGACACCAACAUUCGCAUUGCAGUCCCAAAAAUGAAACGUGUUCUCCUUUCUGAAAUGUUAACGUUCAAACAUGCUAUCCUAGGAAUUGAACACCAGGCUUCCGUCACACUUUAUGGUAUUUUGUCUCAAGCACAAGCCCAAGCAAAGACCAAAGUUAAAGUUGUCACUGCACCUUACUCACUUGACUUCAUGAACACAGCCUUUAUUGCGGUAGCAGAGGGAAUGACUUCUACUGUCGACACAACUUACUCUCACAAAAUUGACAUGCCAUUUGAUAUUUCCAGUAUUGUUACAGUAACUCAGAAGGCAGUUGUUCAGCAAAAGGGCCUAGCUUUGAAUUUUGAAGUUGAUACUACAGGAAAAGGACAUAUUAAUAGCAAUGAUUGUAACUAUAAGAGCAGGCUUGAUCUAUCUCUCAAUCCCAAGACGUUCAGCUUAUCAUUUACUGGUGACACAGAGUCUGAAAUCCUAAAGAUGAAACAAGUCAUUAUGGCAGAAUCACUCACUUUCAGCUACGUUAAAUUUAGUGUACGGAAUGAGGCAGAGACACCAUUUAUUAAGAAAAGUCUCCUUGUGGCAUCUGGCCUUGCCAACCUCUACGAUAUGAAGAUCGAGAUAAAAGUAAACCAUGAUACUGAACUGCAUGGUACAGACAGUGGCAUGGUUUCCAAUGCAGUCAACUUCAAAGUGGCCCUUGCUGAAUUGUUCUUUGAAAUGCAAAACAAGGCAAAUGGCAAGGUCAAUGUUUUUGAUUAUUUGAAUGCCAAAAUAGAGCUGCAAAGUGAUUACUUGGUCAAUCUAAGACAUGACUCUCAAAAAGUGAAUUCUGCCUUCCUAUCUCGUCUAAAUCAGUACAAAAUAUUCUCCAACUUCACUGUAGAUAACACCAAAAGUCAUGCUGGUGUCUUUGUUGAAAUGGAUGGUCAGGCUGAUCUGUCCUUCCUGGAAUACCCAAUUAGCAUUCCUGAGAUUGAUCUACCCUUAGUGGACUUCCAUUCUCAACCUAUUAAUGACUUGAACUUGUUUGAGAAGACUGGGCUCAAAAAGAUUUUGUCUACCACUGAGCAGACUUAUAAUUUAGAUGCCAAGAUCCUUUACUUGAAAAGCGAUAGUGCCCCACUCAUUGAUGUUAUGGGUUUAAUUCAGAUCCCCUAUAUGGGUAAACUGAACUCAGAGUUGUCUUUCAAGUCUGCUAUUCUAAACAUAAAUGCAGAGAGUUUGCUUUUUGCUGAAGAUGAUCUUGUCCUCCGCCUGGGAGCUACCACCACCUCAGUGUUUGAAUGUCUUAACACAAAACUCAAAGGCUCAACCAGUCUUACCAUCAAGAGUGGAAUCAAAGUAGCCAAUUCCAUAUCCCUUGAAAACUGUUACAUUAAAGGCGCUCAUGACAGUACCUACAGCAUGAGCACUGUCUCUGCAUCUACAUCAUUAAAUAUUGUUCUACCUGUACUCAACCUGGAAGCAAGCCAAAAGCUGAUUGCAAAUAGCAAUCUAAAACCAAAUGCCCUGUCCACUCUGAAGCUUAAAGGGGAUUUCAACAUCCCUAUGAUAAAAACAGUUGGACAAGUUGAAGCAGAGCACAGUGGGAAAGUGGAAGGAGACGUUGAUCAUCUUUCAGUGGACUCGUCCUUCAAGUCAAAAAUGGACAGCACAUAUUUGGAAAAAUAUCUAGUUUUAGGAGUGCUGGAAAACGAGGCUAAUAUGUACCUAAACACAAACAUUGUCCGCUCUACUUACCAGAUAAUUGCUGAUGUCAAGCUCAGUAAUGGCGCCACCAAAAUCAUUGGCAUGGAUGUAAACCAACAGCUGGCUGCUGAAGCUUCAGUAGACCAUCUUUUUGCAAUGCUAACUCAUUCAAGCAACAAUGAAAUAGACCUGUUCAGCUUCAAAACUGUUGGAAAACACAAUGCAAAGACAAGUAUUGACUGUGCACCAUCUUCAUUGCAGGCUGAUGUUGAAAUUGAUAUAACUCAGCCUAGCAGUCUGGGCAACUUUGCUUUAUUUGAAAAGGCCAUUGCUGAAGGGAAUCCUUCCAAGCAAAAGUUUUCUACAAAGGCCAUGUUUGUCAGCCCACUGUACAACACUAGUAUGCAAGCUGAAGUGGAGGGCAGUGCCCCUGUCCUUAAUGUUACCUUUAAGUCCUCAGCCAACUCUGCUAUUGUGCUUUUGGAAUAUAAUGUUGAAGGAUCUACCACUUUCCACUUUGAGAAUGACCUCCUGAACAUGGUCAGCAAUCUGGUCCUGACUCACUCUGACCUUGGCAUGGAUGUUAACCAUGUGAUUGUUCAAGCUUUAAGUGUCCCCCAACAUAAGUUGAGUGUGGUGAUCACCAGUCCUAACUUCAGUGACUUGAACCUGCAAUAUGAAGCUCAAAGAGAUGCUAUUACUGCCUCUAUAUCAUCUCCAUCUGCUGGCUACCUUGGCCUUCAGUUCAAUUCUAGAGAUCCAUCCCAAACGAUUGUUAGAUUCUAUGGACGUUAUGUUGGAGCUGCAGAGACUGAUGUUGACAUCUUGCUGGUCAGAUUCUCUCAGACCAACAUACAGAUUGUCUACAACAUGAAGGCACCAGAGGACAUGAUAGCUGAGCUCAAGACAAAAGUCCCCUCAAUUAUGUCUUCUGUUAAGGCUUUUGCUGAAAAGUACCAAAUCACAAGCAGCAUGGAGGUGCUGCAGCACUCUCUCAUUAACCAUGUCAAUGAAGCAUAUGAUGUUGCAGUCAAUUAUGAUGUUCAACUGAGUCAGUUAUCCAUUUUCUUUAGAAACACCAUAGUCAGAUACCAAAAAAAUGUUGAAAAAUUUCUUAAAGCUGUCAUCAAGGUCUUGAGAGAGAUCCACUUCAAAAUGCCUGGAUCUAAUGAGCUGAUCACUCUUCCAGACCUCUUAAAGAAGCUGACCAAUAGCAUUGCUAAUAUGUUGGAUGUAACUAUGCAGUUUAUAUAUGAGUGCAUGGAGGUCUACUAUGAGUAUUUUCUUGAGAACAUCAUCAAUGCUCAAGUGCAGUUGCGAAGUGGUGAGGUGAUUAGUGGAAGGCAGAUAAUUGAUCAGGUUAAAGCAAGUGUGAAAAAUAUCUUUCAUGAAGCGAUAGACCUUGUGAAAAAUAUAGAGACCCUUGACACAAUCCUUGGAAAGCUAGAUGAUACCCUGGAAGCUGUGGUGAAGAAAACAAAGGAGUUUGUUGACUCUAUCAAGUCUGACUAUUUAGAUGUAGUGUUCAUCAACUUAAAUGACCUCUAUCGGGAGGUUGUAACAUCUGUUAAGAAAAUAGUUGAUCAGAUGCCUCCCUUUAACUUGGAUGAAAUCAGUAAAUUAUGUCAAUUCAUUUUAGACAGGAUCAUUGAACUAAUAGUUCAGUUCAAUGACGGGGUUUCUGAUUUUCUGCAGCAAACUUCAGAGGAGGUACAAGCUCAAAUGGCAAUAAGAAAUGGUAAACUGGAGAUAAACCUUCCAUUUCAUUUCCAAGAUUAAAUGUCUCAAGAAUACUGAAAACUAAGUCUGCAUUUCAUGUUACAACCUGUCCAGCUUUUAUAUUUGAAGACUUUGAACAACUCAACAGUAUUUAUAGGUAUGUUUAACAUAAACUCUCAUUACAUUCUUCUGAUUGGGAUUUUUUCUGUACGAAAUCUGAACUUGUAGUACUUCAGUGGAGGUCAAAUUAAACAAUAAAAGCCCAUUUUACAAACUUCAA